AUGAAUAGAAUCCAUCCUCAAAAAAUAACCCACCUUUUUGCGACAACGACUACUGGACGCGGAACUCUUCGAAUUUGCGCCAGAUCCUAUCGAAACAUUGCCAAUGUCGAUGCAAACAACGUCGGAUGGUACACGAGUGCAAACAUGGGAAAUUUCAUCAACACUAGCCUGAUCGAAAACCAAUUCUUCUAUCAAAAGGAACCAAAUGAGAGAACUGUCGCGCUUGUUCACGAUGUCAGCAGAAGUUCCCAAGGUGCUUUGAGUCUACGUGCUUUCAGACUCUCCCCAACCUUCAUGGCCGCGUACAAGGAGGGUAAAUUCACCACUGAGAACAUGCAAAAGUCGAAGCUCACAUACAAAGACAUCUUGGUCGAAUUACCUAUCAUCGUCCACAACUCCCAUCUCUUGACCUCUUUCUUGCACCAAAUGCCAGCCGAAUUACCAAAGAAGGAUCUUGAAUUCCCCGCAAGUUUCGCAGACCUCAACCGAAACACACCCCCAACUCCUCUUUAUCCUAACAUGGAAUCCUUGGACUUAUCCAUUGAUCCUUACUUGGAGCGAACCUGUGAUAUGCUUUUGGAUAGCAUAGAAACUCAUUACACUGAGCUCAACAACUUCCAAUACUUCCAAAGACAAUUGACCCGUGAGCAAGCCAAGGUCACAGCAUGGAAGGCAAAGCGUACAGCGGAGAAUGCUACUAGAGCUACACAGAAACUCGCACCUCUACCUGAGGAUGAGUGGGAAAGACUCUUCAAACUCCCAACAGAACCAAGCAGAUUGGAGGGUAUGUUGAACGCACGACAAGUUGAGCAAUAUUCAAGACAGGUGGAUGGAUUCACUGCUAGCAUCACCGGAAAGAUGUUUGCAGUAAAGAGCAACCUCUUACCAGAACAAAACUAAGAAGAAACGUAUGUAAUGCAGCUGGUAGUAGGGACAUUAAGGUUGCUAGCUAGGGCACUUAUGAGGGAUUUCUUGCAUGGGCAUGGCGUUCAGAGGGAUAUGUCAAUAUGUGGGAUCAUAUUCAUGAUCAAAAAAGGAACGAUAGACAACACCUUGAGAACUCUUUUUUUCUUAUGGAUGUAUAGAUAUCUCGUAUAUUCCUCCAAAAAUGCACGGACUUUUGAUAUUGUCCACCCACCAACGUGCAACUCAACCCCACUUACAGGCUUUUACUAUUUGCUAUCAGUGAUACCCACAUGUCUAAUUUAAAUUCCAUGUUGAAGUUGACCCUGAAUUUUGUACUUAGUUAUCACUUCACUUCACUUUGCUCACAUCGUUCACCUCACUGAACAAUCAUAUAUAUGAGAUGUGAGGAGUAGCUACCUACCUUUGGGUUUGACAAGCGAAGGAUUUCCAUCUGCUUGUCGACUACGUACGGAGUAUAUAUAUUUCAUAGAGUGUUGGCCGACUACCGAAGCGACGGUGGUCGGCUAGAUCCUCUAAUUACCUAGGUAGCUGGAGCCAGAAGAUCUAGCCAGCAAAGUAUAAGGGUCAUUCACUUAUUGAAGAGAAUCUACUCUUUUUUUCAUUAUCAAUGUAGGUAUUCAAUACUAUAGAUUAUUGUAUAUUACAUACGAGUACAGUACAGC